GCCGGCGGCGGGGCGCGGGGAGGGGAGGGGGUGAGGUGGGGGGCUGAACCCGGAAGUGGGUAGGCGCUCGAGCGAGCGCGCUGGGAGUGGAGCUCGGCGGCCAGCGGCCAGCGGGGGAGCCGUGUGUUCCCGACCAUGAAACCCUUGGGCACGCCCCUCCAGAAGCUGUUACCCAAGACAAUCUAGUUUUCAUUUAUAAAUCUCAUAAGACACUUAUGAAAUUUCUUGUUCUGGAAUUGCUGUACUGCAAUGAAGAAAAGGAGAAAGGUUACUUCAGAUCUUGACGAGAAGAUCCAUCUAGGCUAUCAUAAAGAUUCUGCAGAAGGCAAUGUGGCAGUGGAGUGCGACCCAGUGAGCUACACACAUUCCGCAGAAAGACCAACCCCUGAGGCUCUUCACUGCUACCAGGAGUUCCCUCCCUCUCCAGAUCAGAGAAAGCUUUUGAGUUCUUUGCAGUAUAAUAAGAAUUUGCUGAAGUAUUUAAAUGAUGAUAGGCAGAAGCAACCAUCUUUCUGUGAUUUGCUCAUCAUAGUGGAAGGAAAAGAAUUUAGUGCACAUAAAGUAGUCGUUGCUGUCGGCAGUAGCUAUUUUCACGCCUGUUUAAGCAAAAAUCCAAGCACUGAUGUUGUCACCCUGGAUCACGUAACACAUUCGGUUUUUCAGCAUUUGCUUGAAUUUCUUUACACAUCAGAAUUUUUUGUGUACAAAUAUGAAAUACCUCUUGUUUUAGAGGCUGCAAAAUUUCUGGACAUUAUAGAUGCAGUAAAGCUGCUGAAUAACGAAAAUGUUGCUGCUUUUCAGUCAGAGCUAACUGAGAAGUCAUCAGAAGAAACACUCAAUGAAUUAACUGGACGACUAUCAAAUAAUCAUCAGUGCAAAUUCUGUAGUAGACAUUUUUGUUAUAAAAAGUCUUUAGAGAAUCAUUUGGCUAAAACACAUAGGUCUCUGUUAUUAGGAAAAAAACAUGGGUUAAAAAUGCUGGAGAGAAGUUUUUCCACAAGAAGAUCAAAAAGGAAUCGAAAGUGUCCAGUUAAGUUUGAUGACACCAGUGAUGAUGAACAAGAAAGUGGUGAUGGGUCAGACAAUUUGAAUCAAGAAACUUUUGAUAAGGAGAAGUCAGAGCAAAAUGAUUCUGAGGACCCUGGAAGUGAAUAUAACGCUGAGGAAGAUGAGCUAGAGGAGGAGAUGUCAGAUGAAUACUCUGACAUUGAAGACCAGAGUGAAAAAGAGCAUCAGGAUGCAGAAGAGGAACCUGAGGCUGGUGAUUCUGUGGGAAAUAUUCACGAGGGCUUGACUCCAGUAGUCAUUCAGAACAGUAACAAAAAAAUACUGCAGUGUCCUAAAUGUGAUAAAACAUUUGACCGAAUAGGCAAAUAUGAGAGCCACACUCGUGUUCACACAGGUGAGAAGCCCUUUGAGUGUGAUAUUUGUCACCAGCGCUAUUCAACAAAGUCUAACCUAACUGUUCACAGAAAGAAGCACAGUAGUGAAACAGACUUUCAUAAGAAGGAGCACAAGUGCCCUUAUUGUAAUAAACUUCAUGCAAGCAAGAAGACUUUAGCCAAGCAUGUUAAGAGAUUUCAUCCUGAAAAUGCACAAGAAUUUAUUUCCAUCAAGAAGACCAAGAGUGAAAGUUGGAAAUGCGAUAUUUGUAAGAAAUCUUUUACUCGAAGACCACACUUGGAGGAACAUAUGAUCCUGCAUUCUCAAGAUAAACCUUUUAAGUGUACAUAUUGUGAAGAACAUUUCAAAUCACGCUUUGCACGGUUGAAGCAUCAAGAAAAGUUCCAUCUGGGUCCUUUUCCAUGUGAUAUAUGUGGCCGCCAGUUUAAUGACACUGGAAAUUUGAAACGCCAUAUAGAAUGUACUCAUGGUGGAAAAAGAAAAUGGACUUGCUUUAUCUGUGGAAAAUCAGUAAGAGAAAGAACUACUUUGAAAGAACAUUUAAGAAUCCACAGUGGAGAAAAGCCUCAUCUUUGUAGUAUUUGUGGACAAAGUUUUCGCCAUGGAAGCUCAUACAGACUUCACUUACGAGUGCAUCACGAUGAUAAAAGAUAUGAAUGUGAUGAAUGUGGUAAAACAUUUAUUCGUCAUGACCACCUUACGAAGCACAAAAAAAUACAUUCAGGUGAAAAGGCUCAUCAGUGUGAAGAAUGUGGAAAAUGUUUUGGUCGUAGGGAUCAUCUCACUGUUCAUUAUAAAAGUGUGCACCUGGGAGAGAAAGUAUGGCAAAAAUAUAAGGCAACAUUUCAUCAGUGUGAUGUUUGUAAGAAAAUUUUUAAAGGCAAAUCAAGUCUAGAAAUGCAUUUUCGGACACAUUCAGGUGAAAAGCCAUACAAGUGUCAGAUUUGCAAUCAGUCUUUUAGAAUUAAGAAAACUUUAACAAAACAUCUGGUUAUUCAUUCUGAUGCCCGACCCUUCAACUGCCAGCACUGUAAUGCAACCUUUAAGCGGAAAGACAAGCUGAAAUACCACAUUGACCACGUUCACGGGAUAAAGUCUCCUGAUGAUCCCCUCAGUACUUCGGAGGAAAAACUUGUGUCCUUACCUGUAGAGUACUCAUCUGAUGAUAAAAUCUUUCAAACAGAAACAAAACAGUAUAUGGACCAGCCUAAAGUUUAUCCAUCGGAAGCGAAGACUAUGUUACAGAAUGUGUCUGCUGAAGUUUGUGUUCCAGUAACGCUGGUCCCAGUUCACAUGCCUGACCCGCCCAGUGACCUGGUGCGUCACACUACUACUCUGCCUCCAUCUUCUCAUGAAAUCCUGUCGUCACCGCCACAAUCAACCGAUUACCCUCGAGCAGCUGAUUUAGCUUUUCUUGAAAAAUAUACUCUCACUCCUCAACCUGCAAAUAUAGUUCAUCCAGUCCGACCUGAACAAAUGCUAGAUCCUAGAGAACAGUCUUAUCUUGGUACAUUACUGGGCCUUGAUAACACUACUGCUGUUCAGAAUAUUUCUACUAGUGAGCAUCAUUCAUGAGUCCAUCUAAACAUUCCACAGACUUUUUGGUGGUCAUAUGUUAAUGUAGCCAAGAGCUGAUGGCUCAUCAGUUAAUAGGGCUGCUAUUUUUUUUUUAUUUUCUCUGGUUUCCCAAGUCCUCAGAACAGUUUCAUAUCAAGGAAACUAUGUGUGUUUGUUUACUGAACAUAUGAAUAUUUGGACACAUUUUCUGGCAUAGUAUUUGAAGCAAAUAUUUUUGUGAUUUUUUUUAAAAAGAUGAUUUAGUACUAAUUUUUAAUGGGUUCUCAAAUUUUUCAGAAUUAUUAGCUACUGACAAUUUUUUUUAAUCACCAGUAGAAAUUUUUAUUCUUUAGUCUCAUUCCUUUUUUCUCCCUUUCCCAUCUUAACAAACAGCUUCAGGACCAUGCAGCCUUUAAGGAGGAAUGUAAAGACUAUAUGAAUAAUUGCAACUGUUCUUUAUCCCAACUUAAGGUUCAUUAUCAGUUCACCCAGAUUUUUAAAAUCAAAAUUAGGAAUUUGAAUUUAUAAAAAAAACUUGGAUAUUUUUAUGUUGUCUUUCCAUCUGUCCAUAAUUGUAGGUCAUCCUUUGGACUGUAGACAAACUUAAAGCCAGAAACCAAAUGUAAGAUUAACUUUUAAACAAAGUAUAGGGUUGAAAUAAUUAUCCAGAUAAUUGAUUUUUACCUGUAUUCAAUUAUUAUGAAUAAGAAAUAAAACCUUAGGUCUAGGCAUUAAAGUUUACAAAUUAAAAAUGUUCUAAGAGAACUAUGACAUUUUUAACUAGAUGUCAUUCUGAUUCACCUUUUGUACUUUGCCAUUUAUUUCAGAAACAUUAACAAUGUAAUACAACAUAAGUCUUCAUCUCACUAAGGAAGGGGUGAUUAUAACUAAUGACAUUUCAUUGAAUAUACUUGUUUGAUUUCAUUUACUUUGAUUGAAACUAAGGAACAGAACCUAGAUAUUUCAUGUAUAAUUGUUAUAAGAGGUGCCAAAUUGUAAAAUUUGUGUCUAAUUUAACUCUGUGUCAUUUAACUAAAUGCAACCACUACUUAUAUACAAAUUUGCAUGCGAUUCGGGUCUUUAUAUUUGCUUUCACAUUUUAUUAAUGUCUGUAAUUAUCCUUGAUUUUUAUUUUGUAUGAGACAAAAGUUAAGGACAUGUGAAAGGAAAUAACAGUUACAGUAAAACCUCGCUGAUUAAAAUUAAUUGAGGAAAAAGUUAAAAUUAUAACUUACCUGUAAGGACAUGCACUUUCCAUAUUUUCAAGACAAUUAAAAUUUAAACUAGGAAAAUAUUUCCUAGGAAGAUUGCUUGAGGACUAGACUAGGCAGGGUUGAUUUAUUAGCAUGUCAUUUUUAUGUGAACUACUGGAAACUAGCAGUUUUAAACAUUUUCUGUUUCAUGUGUGUUUACACUCCCAAUUGCGUUAAGCACUUUUUUUGUUUGUUUGUUUGUAAAGUCUGGCCUGGCCCUUGUGGGGGGGGGGGGGAAUGAAUAAAAUAAUGAACUUUUAAUGAAUAAAAUUUAACCAGUUAGAAAUGGGGGGAAUUCUUUGCUGAAGCACUUAAGAAAUGAAGGUACUUUACAGGAACUUUUGCCAUGCUAGUGAAGAUGAAACAAAAGAAAAAAAAAAGUUGAGAAUGGAGGCAGUUAACCAAAGUAGCUCAUAUAAAUGGUAAAACCAACCUGAGUUUUUGCCUCACUUGUCAAGGUUUGGUUAUAAUUAUAUGAGGACCAGUACACCUAAUUACUGCAUUAUUUCCUUUUAAAUCAUUCUUACUUUUUGUGGAAAUGUUAUAUCUGAGGUACUUACAUGGCUGGGCUUGAUGGUAUGAGGUACUGUUGCUCUGUUGGGCUUUCAAAUUGAUCUAAACAUACCUAUCUUUAUGAUUUUUAUCAUAAAGACUGACAAGAUUUAACUAAAAAUUUUACUAUAAUGGAAAGAAAUCUUACCUGCAAAUAUACCUGCCUUACAUAUAACCGAAUAUAAAAAAUUUGGACUUACAGAAAGGCAAUUGGUAUAUAUAUGUGUGUAUGUAUAUGGUAUAUUAUAUAUUUGAUGGCAUAAAAAAAAGGAUAUUGCAUUUUCACAUUGAAAAGAAUACUUUGCUUUUUGAAGGUAUUUACAGUAGGGUUCCUUCAAUAAUGAUGUCCUAAUGCUUUAAAUAUAUGAUUUAGUAGUAGGAAUUGGUUUACAUAGAACUCUUCUGGAAUACAUCUCUUAUAUAAAGUGAAAAAUUGUAUAAUUGUAUUUAGUUAUUACUAGAGAUAACUGAAACUUGAAUAGUGGUUUACUAUUUUAUAAAAUGCUUUCACACAUGCUAUCUUAUUUGAACCUCAUAACCAGCUCAGAAAUAGAAAGGACAUGCUGUGUUCCCAUGUUAGGAGAAAUCUGAGAUUAAGAUGAAAGGAGUCACUUUAGCUCAUGUGGUCAAGAAGUAGCAGAGCUACUAGUAGGGAAAGGGGCAGCGAGCAUUGAUGAAUGCUCACUGUGUGCCAGGCACUACGUUCUCUCUCCUUUAGUCCUAACCCAAUCAACAGAGUGGGUACUGUAAUUCUUAGGAAGAAAUGGUCUCAACAGGUGCGCAGAAACAACACAACAACAAACUCAUCUGCUGCCUCUAAUUUCCAGAAGUAUAAGAAAAUCUUAAAUAGUAAAAACCUCAUAGAUUUGGGCAAACUGAAUGUAUAUAAGAUUUUGAAGUUGGCACAAAAAGUAUGAGGCCUGUUUUCAGAUGACCUUUCUAUAACUCUAAAAUCUGCUUAUUUUGUAAAUAUAGAUAAAAUUUAGAAUCUGGUAACUAAGUUUAGCCUCAUUCUGAAUUCUUUAUUUUAUGAGUAUAAUUUAUUGUUUUAAAUUAAUUUUAGCAGAUAGCAGUUAGCACUUAAUCUGUACAUUGAAUAAUUUAUCAUGUGCAGAAAUUGGUUUUGAACUUAAAUGCACCAAAGAUUUUUAGUAGGUAUUAUAUAGUUUAAAAAAUAUAAAUUCUUUGUUGUUUGAAUAAAUAUUUGUCCAAAGAAGCACAUUUGAAGUCCUGGAAUAAUGGAUUUUUAAAAAGUUGUUAGUUUGAAUACUGAGAUGAAGUAUUAAGUGUUUGUGUCUAUAUGUAUAAAAAUAAGAACAGAAAAAAUACUCUGGGAAUAGUCAUACUGACAAACUGGUGACAAGUAAUAAUACUGUUUUCCUCAGUUUAAUUAAUUGAAUGUUAUGUUUUUAGUGAACACUAUCAAAUGCUAAAUGAUAAGCUUAUUUUUUACACUACACCACAUAUUAUGAAAAUAAUUUUUGCCUUAGAAUUUUUUUUUCAAGUCAAGAUUAUUUUUCUAAGAAACCCUAUCUGCUUCUUGCAGCCUAAAAUACCAUCUGAGGUUAGGGUUUGUUCCUUGUGCCAGCAAGAUUUAACCAAUACCUAUAAAGGUAGUGAUCUUUGCAUACUUUUAUGUAAUUUAGACAUUGCUGGGAGAAGAGGAACAGCAAAAAGAUUUUAGAUUGGUGCUUUACUAAGAGACUUCCUUUUAAGUGGUGGUAGAUCAUUAAAUAGGUACACUAAUACAUUUUUCUAUCAAUUUUAAAAAUUUUGAAACAUCUUUGUAGAGUGAAGAUAAACUGUUAUUUAAGGGCUAAUAAGUACUUAGAUAUCGUUCAUUGCUUUUCACUCUAUAAGUGCAAACAUAGAGUUAAGCUGCUUUGUUUAUAAGCUUGAGUUUUCUUCCUGCCAUAGUAUAAAACAUCACUGAUGGAAAGUCAGAUUUUGAGCAUUAGCUCUUUGACAGUGUCCUUUUAUACCCACUCAUUUCUGUAUUGAAUGCUUUGUGCCUUUUCUAUGUGUUAUAGUUACGGUUGAUCCUGCUGGCUAGAUUGUACUGGUUAAUAAAUGAUGUUUUGUUUUCAGUUCGGGGGUUUUUUGAUUAUGGGUCUUAAUGUUUAGUUGCCUGCUGGUAAGGCAACAUUUUUUUUUUUUAGGUUGCUUUAAGUUUACAUAGAAAAAUUGGCACUAAGUACUAGUGUGGACUUUUGUUAUUAUGAUUUAUAUAUUUUUUUAAAAGAAUUAUCUAUCGUGGCCUUUAUCAUUACUCUAAGCCACUCCAGGGCCUGUCUCUAGAUGCUUAUUAGAGGAAUCUGACAGAUAAGUAGGGCAUUUGUCUGUCUUUCCAGCUCUUUCUGUCUGUCUCUUAUCAAAUAACUAGUUACCAUAACCACACCACACAACUUUGCACUGUUAAGACUUCUUAUUUCAGUUUGCCUAAAACUGAACAAGAGGUGAUAGUUUGAGGUGAAUUUAUCCUUAGGAGCAGCAACAUCCCAACCAACAUGUAACUUGAGUUGAUGAACUCAGGAAAAAAUAGAUUAAACAAUCGUAUUUGGAUAUUUUUAGAUUUGGUGCCAAAUUUGAGAUGACUGAAAACAUAUUCUUUAAUAGGGAACAAGUAGCAUUUCUAAACCUUAAGUAGUAUGAUAAAUGUUACUUGCUUUAGAGUGAAUAAUGGAUAAUAUGAGAGUAAUUUUCUAAACAGUUUCUAGACACUUUCUCCUUACAUCUUACCUUUUUUUUCUUGUUCUUUUACACGUUUCUCUUAUAGUCUAGUGGUUUUGGGGUGGGGGUUUCUGCCUUAUUUCCUCUGAAAUCAUUUUUACUUAAGAUGCAUUUUUCCCAAUAAUAUUAGCAUGCUUUCUGCUCUUUCUCUUGGGAAAUAGCAUUAAUAAGAUAGAAGUAAUAGGAUUAGGUUAUGUAGAAGAUGAGAGAAAGCAGGUUUUAGUAGAGAGAGUGUGCCUACGUUUUGCUUAUUUAUGUUUCAACUUGCUAUGUAUUGGUCUUCUGUCUAUGACUCUUGAAAAAUCCCGUAAGUAAUAUUUAGUCUCUGCAGCCACUUAAAUAUAGAGAAAUUAAAGAUCUUUUUUGGAGCAUAGAGGUUUGUACAAAGAUGGAAAUGACUCUUGUUUUCCAAAUUCUUAGACAAAAAUAAUUUCAGUGCUUAAAUUACUGUUUGAGAUUCUAAAAUAUUCUUAACUGAAGAGCAUGUGCACAUCUCAUUUUUCAUUGCACCUCUUUGCUUGGUAUUCCUGCUUGCAUUAAAGUUGGACAAUGUACUGUGGUGUCAAAAUAUUUAUUCCUUCCAACAAUCAAACUCUUAUUAUCCAUGCCUCUUGAUAAAACUGUAUCACACUUGAUGAAUGUGGCUGCCAAAAGAUGACACAAAGCUGGGCAUUCAGCUGCUGCGUGUUGUGUGGUAAAUACUCUGAUGAAGGGGAUUUAUGUUGUACAUUAAAGUGGAAAUGCUUUUGAACUUGCUUUCAGUCUCAAAUCAUAAUUUUUGUUUUUAAUUAAGGAUACUUUUAAAAGCAAUGACAAAAAAAUCUAAACUGUCAAAAUUCAUUAUUGUCAAUUGUGUGCAAAAUAUAUUGUGAGUUUUAUAGAUAUUUUGGUUGUCUCAUGUUUAUUAAGUACCAAUGUCUUUAUAGAAAAAUUCAGUUCUCUGUGAAGAAUAGGAAGUGUCUUGUAUAUCGAACUAGUUCUUUGUUAUUUUGAUAUUUAAAAUAAAUAUGAAGUUCGUUCCUGAUAAGCCCA